ACUUACAGUGCGAACGUGUGACAAUCUAGGAUAUUCGACCAUGGUGCGGCUCGUGGUUCUGCUGCUGUGCGUGUCGAUGGCGACGACGCAAAAACCAGGCAAUUUUAACUUCAAAGAGAAAGGUUUCAAAAGCAGCCAAAGUUACGACAUAGACCCGCAGGUGCUGGAGAUCCAGCGGCAGAACCUGAUCACGCAGAAGAUCCUGCAGCGGUACCUCGAGCGGAGGCUACAUCCAGGCCGCAAACCCCAGAUCCGCGUACCCUCGGUGGAGGAGAUCCUGCCAAAGCCCUUCGCACCGCUUGCCUCCGUGCGGGACGUCCGGCAGCAGAAUGAAACCAACGACGCCACCACGGGCGAAGGAUCACGGUACGAUCUAUUCGACGGGCGAAACGGUCGUCAGUACAAUCGCACGGAUGGGGAGGAGCAGUACCAGGAGGACGGGGAGGAAGGCGGUGAGGAUUACCAGGAGGAACGGGACCUGGACCAGUACGACGAUCUGGGCGAGUCCUUCGACAUCGAAUCGCUGCAAUCGGGCGAAUCGGAACACGUGGACUCGUUCUACCGGGACAAAUACUAUGGUGGCCACCGGCAGAGAGCAUCUCAGCUCUCGGCACGCGAUUCUGGCGGGUUGCUUGAUUUGAAUGAUCUGGAUGAAGAUUUCGAGGACGAUCCCGAGCUGAGCGUGUUGAGUGAGAUCACGAACGAAAUUCGCCUGCGGCAGGAAGCGGCCCGGGAACCUCCGAUUGGCACCGGAACCGCCAGCCGAGUGAAACGUCAGGCGAUAAACAGCCGUACGUCACGGCGAGGUCGGGUGACAUAUCGCGAGACACCCUCCAUCACAAACCGGGUUGAUUCGCGGUACUAUACGUCGGAUGACUACGUCGACUACCCGACAACGCCCAGGUUGAAUAAGAAUCUGCGCGACAACUACUCCGAAUACCGGCUGCUGUCGAAAAGCCGCAUUGCCGCCAAUGAACCGGUCAAACCAAGCCGGCCACGUGCCACAACGACACAGACCACGCUGGCUCGGAAUGCGGCUCGAUCGCGCAAUCGUAACACGUUGAAGUCUCUCGCGUACAAACCAAACGUGUACAACGCCAACACCCGGCGUCCAACGUUCACGCUGUCGGCGUACAACAAGGCUCCUACACGUCCCGGCAACAACCGUCGUGGUGGAAGCGCGAGACCAUCCUACAACAAGGACGAAGAGCAAGGGCGUAACUGGAACCGGUUCGGGCAGGCAUCCGCGUCGACGCAGGAUUGGCGCCGAAAGACGGUGAGCCUUGGAAGCUCCAACAUCCAGCCCAGUACGGCAGCCCUUACGGUGACGUUCUUCCUGCCUACGGACACGACCGUGUCCGUGGUGGCCAACUCGAAGACGGAGAUCAGUCUGAUCAAGACGACGACGACCAGCAUCGAGGAGAUCUGCACGUCCUGCUUCUCGUUGACACAAGGCCCGAAUGGGCUACCAGUGCACGUGUUAAACAAGGAGAUCACGUCCUUUAACAACGACGGUCUGUUCGAGAUCACUAAGUUCAUCCUGAGCUCAACUCCGACCACGACGAUUUCGGUGUCGCAAAACACCUUCCGCGGUCGUUCGACGGCCUAUUCGGCUACGAUUUCGACCACGAUCUAUGAGGCGACUCCAUUUGUGCAGACCAAAGGCAAAACGGCCGAUCCUAACUCGGUCCUUUCGAACGCACCACUCGCGAACAUCCUGCUCUCUCAGCUACUCCUCGGAAACUUGGGUGUGGCUCCGGAACCAAACUACAUUCCCCGGCCGACCGAGUUCCUGCCGGAUCCAAACCGCUACCAACUCGUGGUGACAACUGCCACGGACUACAAAACACACGUCAAAGAGAUCGUCGAAACGGUCACGCAGACGAAAUCGAUCGUACUGCCGGUCACGUUCCAGGGGCGCGAGAUCCUGACCACCGUGUACGAGAGCGACGUUACCAGCACCGUGAUCACGUCGUUCAUCACCGAGACGCUGACCAUUCCGACGACAUCCACCAUUCGUAUUCAGCCCACAACAAAUCCAGCCGACGACCUGUCGAAUAAACUGAGCCUGCUGCUUCCGCUGCUCGAGGAGCGCGAACGUCAGAAUCGAUUGCUGUCCGCCAUCGAGUCAACGCUCCCGAUCGUGUCGACGACUCCACCAACGAUCGCGCCCUCACCGACGGCUAACAGCGCCGUGUCGAAGGUGUACGUGUCCGGGCAGCAUCCGGGCGAGUUUAGCGUCUCUUUUACGACCAUCUUUAACACGUAAAACCACGAGGUCCGGUAUUGUCACUCUGGAGAUCCAGAGAUCCACUCUAGUAGAUUAGUGGGCUAGCUACCUGACACCGAGAUACUCGUCGUGGCUUUAGGGCAACUAUGUUCUUCCCAAUUUUUGAUCUGCGGAAGACUGUGCCCGCAGAGUAUGAGAGAUUCCCCUGUUUUCCAA